AGCUUAGCAAAUAAGUACUGGGAAGAAAAACCCCACCAUUAUAUUGAGAGAUUAACAGACUAAUCCUGUGGUUCGGGAGAGUAUUUCUUCUCUUUCCUUUGUGAAUGUAAUAGAGAGGUGUGUGCUGAGAGAUUUUAAGCACCUGAGAGCAGCAAAGACAAGUAGUGACUGUUCAGUUCACAUAAGCCUUAGUGGGUUUGACAUUUCCCCAAGGAAUUAGCCAGGUGGUCCAGCUUAGAUGGAGGGGAAAAAUAAGGACCAUCGAGCUUUGCUCAACCAAGGAGAGGAGAAUGAACUGGAGGUGUUUGGUUUCAAGACCCAGAAUCUGCGCAGAGCGUUCUGCCUUAUGGCAUCUGUGCUGACCUGUGGGGCCCUCCUGCUGGUGUUCUACUGGAGGCCCCAGUGGAGGGUGUGGGCCAACUGCAUCCCGUGCCCCUUGCAAGAAGCAGAUACUGUUUUGCUAAGGACAACGGAUGAAUUUCAAAGAUACAUGAGGAAGAAAGUAAUCUGCAUCUACUUAUCCACACUCAAGUUUCCUAUAAGCAAAAACCCAGAACAGCCCCUUGUAGCUGACCGCCACUCUGUCAUAAACCGAGCAGUACUGAAACCAGAGUUAAAACUACGAUCUAUCCAAGUGCAGAAAAUCAAGUAUGUUUGGGACAACUUGGAAAAGAGGUUUCAGAAAGUUGGGUUGCUGGAAGACAGCCACUCCUGUUACGACAUCCAUCAUAUGUUUGGAAUGGGUCUCACAAGUGAAGAGCAGGAGAUCAGAAGAUUAGUGUGUGGGCCCAAUGCCAUUGAAGUUGAAAUCCAACCCAUAUGGAAGCUGCUUGUUAAACAGGUUUUAAAUCCAUUUUAUGUGUUCCAAGCCUUUACCUUAACUUUGUGGCUGUCUCAAGGUUACAUAGAAUACUCUGUGGCCAUCAUCAUCCUGUCUGUUCUCUCCAUUGUCUUAAGUGUAUAUGAUCUGAGACAGCAAUCCGUGAAGCUGCACAACCUUGUGGAGGAUCACAACAAAGUCCAGGUUACAGUCAUUGUAAAAGGCAAAGGUUUGCAGGAGCUGGAAUCCUGUCUCUUGGUUCCUGGAGAUGUCCUUACUCUUCCAGGAAAGUUUUCACUGCCAUGUGAUGCGGUUCUGAUUGAUGGAAGCUGUGUGGUGAACGAAGGCAUGCUCACAGGAGAAAGUAUACCUGUUACAAAGACACCGCUGCCCCCUGUGGAGAACACCAAGCCCUGGAAAUCCCACAGCCUAGAAGACUAUCGAAAGCAUGUCCUUUUCUGCGGAACAGAAGUGGUCCAGAUCAAGCCCUCUGCACAGGGGUCAGUAAGAGCGGUCGUUUUGCAAACAGGUUACAAUACAGCCAAAGGGGACUUGGUGAGAUCCAUCCUUUACCCCCGGCCUCUGAACUUCAAACUAUACAGUGAUGCCUUCAAGUUCAUAGUAUUUCUGGCCUGCCUUGGAGUUGUGGGUUUUUUCUAUGCCCUAGGUGUAUAUAUGUACCAUGGAGUCUCUCCAAGAGACACUGCAACCAUGGCCCUGCUCCUCCUCACCGUGACUGUCCCUCCAGUGCUGCCAGCUGCGCUGACCACAGGCAUCGUGUAUGCACAGAAGAGGCUGAGGAAAAAGAAAAUCUUCUGUAUCUCUCCACAGAGAAUCAACAUGUGUGGGCAGAUAAACCUUGUGUGUUUUGACAAAACUGGUACUCUUACCGAAGAUGGCCUGGACCUCUGGGGGACUGUCCCAACUGUGGACAACGGUUUUCAGGAAGUCCACAGCUUUACUUCAGGCAGGGCUUUGCCGUGGGGCCCACUGUGUGCCGCCAUGGCCAGCUGCCACUCUCUGAUUCUUCUGGACGGGAGAAUCCAGGGAGACCCUCUGGACCUUAAGAUGUUUGAAGGCACUGCCUGGAUAAUGGAAGAUGGCAAUGUAGACUACUACAAAUUUAGGAUGUCAGACUCAAACAUAAUACUAAAACCAGGACCACAAGCCAGUCGGAGUCCCGUGGAAGCCAUCAUCGUCUUGCGCCAGUUUCCAUUUUCAUCGAGCCUGCAGAGGAUGUCUGUGGUGGCUUGGCUGGCUGGGGAGGACCACUUCCAUGUCUACAUGAAGGGCGCCCCGGAGAUGCUGGCCCAGUUCUGCCGGUCUGAAACAGUGCCCAAGGAUUUCCCACAUGAGCUGAGAAACUACACAAAGCAAGGCUUUCGUGUCAUUGCCCUUGCCCAUAAAGCCUUGAGUGUGGGGAAGCUUUCAGAAGUGGAGAGUUUAUCCAGAGAGAAGGUGGAGUCAGAGUUAACAUUUCUGGGACUUCUCAUCAUGGAGAACCGCUUGAAAAAGGAAACCAAACCAGUCCUGAAGGAGCUGAGGGAGGCCCACAUCAGGACUGUGAUGAUUACUGGUGACAACCUGCAAACAGCCAUUACUGUUGCAAAGAAUUCUGAAAUGAUCCUCCAAGGGAGCCAAGUGAUCCUCAUCGAAGCCAAUGAGCCACGAGAGUUUGUUCCUGCCUCUGUGACCUGGCAGCUGGUAGGGAACCAAGAGAAUGGAUCUGGGAAGAAUGAAACGUACAUUAAUAUUGGAAACAGUUCAGUGCCUGCUGGAGAAAAAGAGAGCUGUUAUCAUUUUGCAAUGAGUGGAAAAUCAUACCAAGUACUAUUUCAGCAUUUCAACAGCUUGCUACCAAAAAUUCUGGUGAAUGCAACUAUUUUUGCAAGAAUGUCUCCUGGGCAAAAAUCAAGCCUUGUUGAAGAAUUUCAGAAAUUAAAUUAUUAUGUAGGCAUGUGUGGAGAUGGAGCCAAUGACUGUGGGGCUUUGAAAAUGGCUCAUGCGGGCAUUUCCUUGUCAGAGCAGGAGGCAUCUGUGGCCUCCCCUUUCACCUCAAGAACAGCCAACAUCGAGUGUGUGCCUCAUCUCAUCAAAGAAGGCCGAGCUGCUUUGGUUUCAUCCUUUGGGGUAUUCAAAUACUUGACCAUGUAUGGCAUAAUCCAGUUUAUUGGUACAUCACUACUCUAUUGGCAACUGCAGCUCUUUGGGAAUUACCAGUAUCUCAUGCAAGAUAUAGCCAUUACUUUGAUGGUCUGUUUAACAAUGAGUUCAACUCAUGCUUACCCAAAGCUGGCUCCAUACCGACCAGCAGGACAGCUCCUCUCUCCGCCUUUGCUGCUCUCAGUCUUGCUGAAUACCUGUUUCACCUGCAUUGUGCAGCUCUGUGCAUUUCUCUGUGUGAAGCAGCAGCCCUGGUACUGUGAGGUCUACAGAUACAGUGAGUGCUUUCUGGACAACCAAAGUGAUUUCUCAGCAAAUGUGAGUUUGGAAAGAAACUGGACGAGAAAUGCAACUCUGAGCCCCGGUUCAGUGUUAAGCUUCGAGGGCACCACGCUGUGGCCCAUCACCACCAUCAACUGUGUCACAGUAGCAUUUAUCUUUUCUAAGGGAAAGCCAUUUCGGAAACCCAUCUACACAAACUAUGUAUUCUCAUUUCUGCUGAUAUCUUCCUUGGGCCUCACAGUUUUCAUUCUGUUUUCUGAUUUUGAAGUUAUAUACCAAGGAAUGGAGUUCAUUCCAACCAUAACAUCGUGGAGGGUUUCAGUUCUGGGGGCAGCCUUCGUCCAGUUCUGUGUGGCCUUCUUUGUGGAGGAUGCCAUCCUUCAAAAUCGAGAGCUCUGGCUAGUGAUCAAAAAAGCAUUUGGAUUCUUUUCGAAAAGCCAGUACAGGAACUGGCAAAAGAAGCUGGCAGAAGACCCUACCUGGCCUCCCACAAACAGGACAGAUUAUUCGGGCGAUGGCAAAAAUGGAUUAUACAUCAACCAAGGCUACGAAAGCCCUGAACAGAUUCCAAAGGGAAAACCCAGCUGCGGAGGCCAAACCACAGAACAGCAUUUUUGGACCAGGCUGUAAUCAGAAUUGUCGUUGUACAUGGUUAACAGCCCCUCUUCCCCCGCCUAAAGCACUGUGGAGAGGUGAUGGUAGGUUACCCUUUCCUUUUCUCUCUCCAGCUGACGACUCAAAGCACAUUUUUCAGUAUAUUGAGCUAUGCAACAAAGGACCUUAAAUAUGACUAUCCUCUACUAUUGAGGAAAAAAUACAUUGCCUGGAUUAUCAUUUUUUCAUCAACUUUAUUCACAUUACAUAGCAUUAUCCUGGUUAAAAUGUACACCUUUUCACAGUAGUGAAACUAAUAGU